ACAAUUUUAUUUGCGAGUCAAAAGCGCAACGUUUAACAAGCUUAACUGGCGCAGCGCGCGCGUUCGUCGCGAUAAAGUUUAUGUAAUUGAAAAAGUUUAACUGCACAGAUUUUUUUUAUCCAAAGAAUGCAAAUGCGUUAGAUAAAUGCAAAAAUGAUAAUUAAUUAUUAUUGCAUAAUUGUCAAUGUUUAACAGGUGCGAAGUGUGCUCAUUAGGAGAAAAGAUUGUGAAAUUACUACUUUGAAAUUACAAAUAAAUAAGAUUUUAUAAAACUUUGUUUUUGAAUACCGACUGCAUUUCCAAUUGUUAAUCAAUAAUAAGUGUGUUCAGUGUGCAAAUUGAAAGCAGAAAUUCAUGCACGUGUACACACAUACAAAUAAACAAACAAUCCGACAUACAUAUAGUGGUUGUGCUGCUCAAAUGACCGUAAGCACCGAAAUGCCAAAAUCAUCAACGCCACCGCCAGCAGCACCAGCAGCUCAGCUGCGUCUGUCAAUAUGCUCACAGCGACAACCUUUCAAACGCCUACUCGCCACAGUGUUGUUGCUUUGCUGCCUGCAAUUGUUGCACAUCAACUGCCAUGCCCUCCUACUGAAGUGUCCACUUUAUCAAAUGCGCCUACAGAAAAUUGUUGGCUUCCGGCCGCCACUGGAAUAUCUAACCGCACAAAACCUCAUCUACUCGCCUGCAUAUAAUUUUAAGGAUCGCAAUCGCCACAGACGCGAAAGUUACAGCAUUAUAGGCGCCACAGAUGGUCAAAGUCACGAACUGGCGAUAGCUAGCGAAACGGCGAGCGCGAUUUGUUGGCGCUUAUGUAAUGAGGAUAGCGACUGCAUUGCCUACGUCCAUCUGUUGGACUCGAACGAAUGCUAUGGCUAUUCGUAUAUCGAGCGCCAGCCACGCUAUCAGGCGAUAGCCAAUGAACUACCGCUGGUGGCGGAUGCUGAAGCGGUUUUUUAUGAGAAAACCUGUUUGAAGGUGCCCGAGGUGUGCAAACAACGCAAAUGGACGCUAACGAAAAUUCCCGGUACGAGUCUGGUGUUUCAAGGGAAGAAGACGAUAGCAACGCUGGUCACGCGACGUGAAUGCGCUGAGAGGUGUCUCUUUGAAAGCGAAUUCAAGUGUCUGUCCGCAUCAUUUGCACCGUCCUAUCGUAAUAAUCGUGAAAGAUUCAGUCAACAUGUGCCACCGGAGCAACAUGCGAGUAACAAUCAACAGCAACAACAAUACCAACAACAAUCACAACACAAUACACUGGGUCGCUGCAUACUGAGCGAUAAAGAUAAAAUGAUACAACCCGAUGCUUUCCGGGCUGCACCCUACGAUGAAGAAUACAUGGAGAAUCAAUGUUACGAACGACCGAUCGAGAACGAUAACUGUUCAUACGAAUUGUAUGCGAACAGUAGCUUCAUCUAUGCGGAAGCAAAAUAUUUGGGUUUAACCCAAAAAGAGUGUCAAGCAUACUGUUCGCAUGAGACGAAAUUCUACUGCCAAGGUGUAUCAUUCUACUUCGAGCAUGAUCUAAGCAAUUCGGAAUGUCUGCUGCACUCCGAGGACAUAAUCUCCAUGGGACCGCGCAGUUUAAAGUUGCGUGAGAAAUCUGUCUACAUGAGGCGCGUCAAAUGCUUGGAUGUGCAGGUGCUGUGCACGCAAGACGAAAUGGCCAUCAAGUACACGCCGAAAGAUUGGUUUCACGGCAAAAUGUAUGUGAGUAUGCACUCGAAGCACUGCAUGGCUCAGGGCAACGGCACCAGAAGCACCGUGUUACGCCUGCCGAUCGGCACCGAGGUCAAAGAGAAUCGUUGCGGCAUAUUGCGUGCCUACGAAGUCACCAAAGCAUAUCAGCGAAUCUUCAUAUCCGCUCUGGUUGUAAUUCAAAAUAAUCCGAACGUGCAGACACAAGGCGACCGUCUCAUUAAAGUCGGUUGCAUAAUGAGCAACUCGACGAUGCGCAAAGAUGGCCACAACGAGGGACGCAGCGAUGAGGAUGAGGUGGAAGGCGAAGAUGUGCCGAAUGCCAUAGCCUUGGAGUCUUCUUUGGAGUUUGCACAACACAUGCUGCCAAAUGAGGGUUCACUGCUCUUCAAUAGCACCGACGUGCCACUGCUGCCGAAGGUAACGCUACAAAUUGUCGAUCUCUCACAUCAACACGAAACCAACGAUGUGCAAAUCGGACAAAAUCUAGAACUACAAAUCAUUGCUGAAUACUCACCACACCAACAGCAGUUGGUCAACUAUGCACUGCCGCCAUUGCCCGAUUUUCGUGCAACUUCGUUGUUUGCCAAAACGCAGGAUAAUCAAAAUUUCGUAAAACUGAUUGACGAACGUGGUUGCCCCAUUGAUGUAACGGUAUUUCCGGCGCUAGAGCGUGUGCGCUCGACCACACAAAAUAAGCUGCGCGCACGUUUUCACGCCUUCAAGUUUGCCGGUUCGUCAUUGGUGAAUUUUGAUGUGAAAAUACGUUUCUGUAUGCAACAUUGUCCGGAGGACAAUUGCUAUCGCUACGAUAGCAACGAAGAACGUGAAAAUUUUAGCAACACACCGAACAACCGUGUGAGACGACGACGUCAGGUGCAAGCGCGGGCGCCACCGCCACCACCACAAGCACAAGAACCACAGACGCCACUCUCCACACGCUUCCAAGUGCAGAAUCCCGUCUAUGUGUCCACCGUAAUGGAUGUGGCUGAGGAUCAGCUUGAACAGAUGAAUUUAACGCGUGGUAUGAAUGAGAAAAAUAUGUCCAUGCAGGAUUUGGGCGUGCUACCUUUGAACUAUAAUUUGCACGUGCGUGGACCCGAUCAGGUCAACAGCAACAGUUUCAUUUACGGCGAACGUGGCAUCUUGCUGAUUGCGGGCAUUGAUCACAUGCAAUUGGAUAACUUUUGCUUGAAUCAGAGCCUGCUCAUAGCUUUGUUGAUUUUCUGGCUCAUCUUUCAAGUCGCGCUUAUGUUCAGCUGUUGCUAUGUCAUACAGAAGUACAAACGUUUGGCGAUGAUGGACGAUGAGCACCGCAAGAUUAAAGAGAGCUUAGACUAUCUUGAGAGUCGGCGCGUGCAUUGGGCGGAUCAAGGUGGUUACACACUUUGAUUACACAUAAACUUAAAUUAAAGUAUUUGUAUUUGAUUGUAAAUAAACAUUGAUUGUAGUAUUUAAGUCCAAAGCAUAGAUUUUCUUUUCUGCAAUGGAUGGCACAAAUUGUAAAAAAUUAUA